GGUUGACAUGGUCUGAUGAGUUUGUGCACAACAUGUUGGAAGGCAGUUCCUCUGUGAGACUCAGUUGGACCAACAAACAUAGCCUCCAGAGAAACAUCAAGCAGAGUCUGACAAGGGAGUCGGAUCGAAAGCGUAUUUUUCAUCAUCUCACAGAAUAGAGCACUGCAUCCGGCCAUGAAAGGCACAACGAGAAUCAUGUUAUGCUUGUCAAUCAUACUGAAUGGUCUACGUUUGGGAGAGUCCCUGGGUCUAUCACUGAAGAGCAUAUCAGUGAAAGUAGGGGAGGAUGCCACUCUGGACUGCCCUCUGUCCACUAACUGUAGCAUGGCAACUGUGAGCUGGUACAAGCAGAAUCAAGGAGAGAGGCCUGAACUGGUACUCAGCUACCCCCUGACCAACACCUCCCUUGUGCUCUAUGGCCAUGGCUUCCAUCCCAACAAGAUCACUGUCCAGACCAAUGAUAGCAGGCCACUUCACCAGCAUCAGUUACUGAUCCAUGGAUCUAAAGAGAAUGACAUGGCUGUUUAUUACUGUGGACUUACAGAAGGAUUUGAAACAACAACUGAUGCGUAGAGAUGGAUAUAAGGUGUACUAUGUAAUAACACUGUACUGUAUCUAUAGGCUACUCUGUAUAGGUCUUCCAAAGCAACUCCUAAUAAACUCAAAUUGAUGUUG